UCCCCCGCCUCCCCGCCGCCCGGCCGCUCCCGCGCCCCCGGCCGCCCUCUGCGCUUCUCCCGGCCCCGCGCCCGCGCCCUCGGCCCCUCCGCCCAAUGAAACUGGCCGCGAUGAUCAAGAAGCUGUGCCCGAGCGACUCGGAGCUGAGUAUCCCGGCCAAGAACUGCUACCGGAUGGUCAUCCUCGGCUCGUCCAAGGUGGGCAAGACGGCCAUCGUGUCGCGUUUCCUCACGGGCCGCUUCGAAGACGCCUACACGCCCACCAUCGAGGACUUCCACCGCAAGUUCUACUCCAUCCGCGGCGAGGUCUACCAGCUCGACAUCCUCGACACGUCCGGCAACCACCCGUUCCCGGCCAUGCGGCGCCUCUCCAUCCUCACUGGAGACGUCUUCAUCCUGGUGUUCAGCCUGGACAACCGCGACUCCUUCGAGGAGGUGCAGAGGCUCAAGCAGCAGAUCCUCGACACCAAGUCUUGCCUCAAGAACAAAACCAAGGAGAACGUGGACGUGCCUCUGGUCAUCUGCGGCAACAAGGGUGACCGGGACUUCUACCGCGAGGUGGAGCAGCGCGAGAUCGAGCAGCUGGUGGGGAACGACCCCCAGCGCUGCGCCUACUUCGAGAUCUCGGCCAAGAAGAACAGCAGCCUGGACCAGAUGUUCCGGGCGCUCUUCGCCAUGGCCAAGCUGCCGAGCGAGAUGAGCCCGGACCUGCACCGCAAGGUGUCGGUGCAGUACUGCGACGUGCUGCACGAGAAGGCGCUGCGGAGCAAGAAGCUGCUGCGAGCGGGCGGCGGCGGCGGCCCGGGCGACGCCUUCGGCAUCGUGGCGCCCUUCGCGCGCAGGCCCAGCGUGCACAGCGACCUCAUGUACAUCCGCGAGAAGGCCAGCGGCGGCGGCCAGGCCAAGGCCAAGGAGCGCUGCGUCAUCAGCUAGGAGCCCCCCAACCCCCGCGCCGGCGACGUAUCCUAAAAAGGACCUUUUUGUUUAAAAGUCCAAUCUGACGUCGGGGCCAGCCCCGGGCCGCGUGUGCGCGCUGACUGCGUCUUCCUUCCCCGUGACGGGCCCGCGCACCAGGGAGGCACAAACGAACCGAGAAGGGACCGUCACCUGCUCUGGAAGCAAAGAGGACUGGCUAAGACCGGGACCCCCCACCUCCGAUUCCUCCUGGGCGCCGCCGCUCCCGCGACUUGGGGGGCAUGGGCCCAGCAGAGGGUGACUUUGUCUUUUCACAAAGAGCUAAGAAUGGGGAGGGGGUGGAAGUUAAUCAUCCACUGUUGAGCUUCGAGAAACCCGUCCUGCCGGCUGUAGCAUCAGGACAAGCGGGGCAUUAUCUUGUCUGUGAUUCGGAGUUGCCAUGACAGCUGGCGAAAGCCUUCGCCCUCCUGAAACUGAGGGGGUGUGGGUCAAAUCAUAGCCAAGUGACCUGUUUACAUGUGUGUGAAAUUGCACAAAGGAAAAACAAAACAUAAAACUUGCACUUUAAUAGUAGUUCUGGUAUCAUGGACGUGAACAAAAUCUUAUCCAGGUGUUUAUACUGUGUGUGUGAGAUACUCUUUAGUUGUUAUUGGCUUUUUAAUAUAAAAUAAAAUAA